AGACCGAAGAGGGCGGGCUUCGGACCGCGCAGGCGCAGUUGUGCGCCGGGUCGCCAAGAUGUCGUUCCCCAAGUACAAGCCGUCGCGCCUGGCCACCCUGCCAACUACCCUCGACCCGGCUGAAUACGACAUAUCUCCGGAAACCCGGAAGGCACAAGCCGAGCGUUUGGCCAUAAGAUCCCGGCUUAAACGGGAGUAUCUGCUUCAGUACAACGACCCCAGCCGUCGUGGGGUCAUCGAAGAUCCUGCCUUGAUUCGUUGGACCUAUGCAAGAUCAGCAAAUGUCUAUCCCAAUUUCAGACCCACUCCCAAGACCUCACUUUUAGGAGCUCUGUUUGGAAUUGGGCCCCUCCUCUUCUGGUAUUAUGUUUUCAAAACCGACAGAGAUAGGAAAGAAAAACUUAUCCGGGAAGGAAAAUUGGAUCGAACAUUUAACAUCUCAUAUUAAGUCUGGCAAUGAUGACUAUAUGUACUGUUGUUUAAAUGAGUCUAUUAAUCAUUAAAAAGUUUUUCUUUCUUAAUAUUA